AUGUGUAAAUGUGGUUUCUCGGGUGAGGAUACUCCUCGUUCCGUAUUCCCUGCUAUUGUUGGACGACCGCGACAUCAGGGUGUAAUGGUCGGAAUGGGUUAUAAAGAUUCAUAUGUAGGUGAAGAAGCACAAGGUAGACGAGGAAUCCUAUCGUUACAAUAUCCAAUAGAACAUGGAAUUGUGAUCAAUUGGGAUGAUAUGGAAAAAAUUUGGCACCAUGCUUUUUUUAAUGAAUUAAGAAUAGCACCAGAUCAACACCCAUGUUUAAUUACAGAAGCACCACUAAAUCCAAAAACAAAUAGAGAAAAAAUAGCUCAAAUAAUGUUUGAAACAUUUGAUGUUCCAUGUAUAUAUGUUGCCAUCCAAGCCAUUCUUUCACUGUAUUCAAGUGGACGCACAACAGGUGUCGUGUUAGAUAGUGGAGAUGGGGUUACUCACACUGUUCCCAUUUUUGAAGGUUAUUCUCUUCCUCAUGCAAUUGUACGAUUAGACUUUGCUGGAAGAGAUAUUACUGAUUUUCUAAUGAAAUUAUUAAUGGAACGAGGAUACUGUUUUACUACAUCAGCUGAACGAGAAAUUGUUCGCGAUAUAAAAGAAAAACUCGGUUAUGUGGCAUUAGACUAUGAUGAAGAAAAAAUGACCGUAAUAAAAACAAGUAUGGUAGAAAGAACGUACGAGUUGCCAGACGGACAAACAAUACGAGUCGGAUCAGAAAGAUUUCGAUCGCCAGAAGUUUUGUUUAAACCAGCAUUAGUCGGAAUGGAAGCACGUGGGAUUCAUGAAACAACGUUCACGUCAAUAAUGCGUUGCGAUGUUGAUAUUCGUCGCGAAUUAUACAAUAACAUUGUGUUAUCAGGCGGUUCAACGAUGUUUACAAAUAUUCAUGAACGUUUACAAAAAGAAAUCAUACGAAUGACUCCAGCAUCGUUAAAAAUAAAAAUUAUCGCUCCACCACAACGAAAAUUUAGUGUUUGGAUUGGUGGAAGCAUUUUGUCUGCUCUAUCGACGUUUCAACACAUGUGGAUCAGCAAUCAAGAAUAUUCAGAGUUCGGACCGUCUAUUGUUCAUAGAAAGUGUUUUUGA